AUGAACAGUGCCUGGCAGGGUCUACUUUGUUUUAUUGCAAACAUUCCUAUACUGCUUCAUUUGUAUGACCACAUAGUGGCAUAUGCUGCUGUUAUGCCUGCCUCACCCAUCCUGAUGUGGUGCACCUGUGAAGAAUGCAUCAAGGAAAACAGCAGGGGUGUUCUCAUGGACUCCCAUUAUAGAACUCUUCCAGAACAUGUACUUGAAUCAUCAGAAUUAGCCUCUCCUUCAAAUGACCUAGCUAGCCAUUUAGUGGGUCUUACCAUCACCAAUGAUGGGCCAAACUCCAUGUCCCAUGCUUCUAACAUGUGGAACAAGGAGUUCCAGCAGAUGGGAGCCACUGCCAACAUCCUGGCUGGUCCAUGA